ACUCAGUGCUCUCAGGAGACUCACUGCUCAGACUCACCUUUGGUGAAGCGGGAGACACAGGAGGGAAGUGAGAGAGAGGAACACAGAGAGACCUCAGGAUGUCUAAGAAGGACAGCUACGCAGGGAAUGACAUCAGCUCCAGCCCGAGCACAAGGCCUGAUGUCAAUCUGUCUACGCUGAUCAAUCGCAUGCAGAUGGAUGCAGACCAUGUGGAGAAAAAUCUCAUUCUUGCUGAGGAGAAGCUGGUUCUGGACUCUGAACACGGGAAGAAUGGCCUGAGGAUGCAGUACCAGAAGGACUGCAGUGGCUGGCUGGACGAAGCAGACAAACAUUUCAUGGGACUCAUCCUGGACCUGGAACAGGCCAAGAAGCUGGGCCACCCCCAGUGCCGGGAGAUCGAGCUGGAUAUCGGCAGCCUCCGAGAACGAUGGGAGUCAGAUUAUGCCAUUUACCGUGACAUCUACGAGAAGAAAGGGAAGUCUGAAGUCGAUUGGCCGGCGAUGCUCCGUCAGAAGCAGAGGCAGGUGACCAUGGGGGAAUAUGGACCUGGCGUGCCUGAUGUUGAGAAACAAAUUGCCUCCCACAACAUCCUGCACAAGGAGAUCGAAUCAUACCGCCCCCUGGUGGAGUCCUCCGCCUCGAGUUCUCUGGGUGACUUCUCUGCCCUCCAGACACAGUAUAAAGACCUUCUGGAGAGCUCCCAGCAGCGCUCACGCCACCUGGCCAACCUGUAUGACUACCUCCUGGCCUGCACCCGGGAGACGGCCUACCUGCACAACCAGCAGGAGAAGGUGCUGAAGCUGGACUGGAGUGACCGCAACCUCAGCCUGCUGGAUGUGUGCCAACUGGACGAGAAUUUCAAGGCCAAGAGUCUGCAGUCACAUGAGAGCGAGGCGGACAAGCUGCAGACUGAAGGCACUCAGCUCAUCCAGAGAGGACAUCCUGCCAGCCAGACCAUCACGACUCACAGGGACAAUCUGCAGAGUGAGCGGCAGAAGUUCCUCUCCCUGUAUGACUGCCGGGAGAAACACCUCGACAACAUGAAGGAGUACAAGAAGUUCCAGGGAGACGCCGAAACAUUGUCUGACUCUCUGAGGAAACUCAGCACUAACCUGGACCAGGUGACGCGAAGCUACAGGUCCAGCACGGAGGUCCAGCGGCCACUGGAGGAUGACGAUCGACUCCUGAAGCAGAGCGAGGAACUCCUGGCUGACCUGCGGAAGAGAAGCGUCUCUGUGUAUCCCCUGCGUUCUCGCCGUCGCCCCCCCGUCAAGGGCCCCACGGCCGUGUCACUGUGCGACUGGAAAGAUAGCAAUUGCUCGGUGGCCAAAGGGGAGAGGUUCACUCUGCAGUCCAACUACGAUCCAGAGCGCUGGAAUGUGCAAGCUGGCAAUGGAGUGACGAAGAGUGUGCCGGGGGCCUGCCUGGUAGUGCCACCACCAGACCUAGAGGCCUCGGACCGGGUGGACAGGCUGGAGAGAGAUCUAGCAGACCUGAAGAAGAAGAGAGCCAACAUCCAAAGCGGGCCGAAGAGCACCAGGGUGGAAGUUGUGCAGACACAGUACUCAGUCCUCGCCUCCAGCCCCACAGAUGACCCCAAAGUGCGGGCUCUGUCCAGCCAGCUGGACAGGAUCAGUGAUGACCUGGAGCAGGCUAGGCGUGACACUCUGGGCCGACUGAGAGCACCGCUGGACCACAAGGACCCUAUGCGGGACUUGUCCAACCGUUUGAAGGAGCAGGAGCAUACAGACUCAGUCCUGAAGAAUCUGGGGGAGGAGACAGCGACUGUCCAGCGGGGGGUUGAAGCCCUUUCAUCUGUGAAACCCAGUGAUGCUGUUAUCUCUGCCCUACGGUUAAAACUGAACACCACCAAGAACAAACAUGAUGAUGUCACUUCCCUGGCUGAUUUAUAUAGCAAGAAGGCCAACGCUUCUGUCUACCUGGAAAACCAGAUGGAGAAGGUGGACGUCUUUGUGUCGGGAUUUGAAAACCAGCUGGCUGAAGAACUGCCUCUCCAGGACAAGCCAGGGGCCCUCCAGGAACGCCGCGAGGAGCUGCAGCGCAUACGCAAGAACGUGGCCGUCAGGGAGAGUGACAUGCAGCAGUUGGGUCGCGACCUGGAGGCCGUGCAGCAGAUGUGUAGCUCUCUGCAGGCCGGCUACCAGGAGUACUGCCCCGACCUCGGCAGGCAGAACACUGAGGUCCAGAGCAUCAGGAAGCGCUACAGCAACCUGCAGAACCAGCUGAAGAGCAGGGAGACUGCCAUACGGGACAUAGACAGCAAGAAUCAGGCCUUCCAGAGUGCUGCCCAGACUCUGACCUCCUUCUUGAACAAACUGCCUAAUAAUAAGGUUUACCCCAGUGACAGUCUAACCCAAGUCGACAACAAGAUGAGCUCCCAAUUGUUAGUGGUGGAGGAAAUUUCAAAGAGGAAAGAUGAUUUGGACAGAAUGACAAGCCUGUCCCAGGACCUGCAGAGCACCCUCAGUGAUUAUGACACAAACUGCAACAAGUAUCGCUGCAUCCUCGAUGACAGCGGAAUCUCUGCUGCUGAGAAAGUGCACGUCAACACUCUGGUUAAGUCCGUGCAAAAUAAGGAAAAGCAUCUUCGGAACCACUUCUCUGAAGUAUCUGCGGAAAAUGAGCAGCUCCUCAAGCAAAUGGGAAUCGCCAAAAACCUUAUCGUUCAGAACGGGGAGAAAGCUUCACAAGUGGUGGUCCAACGGCAUGUGUUCCUUCAAAGUCAGCAGCAGAGCACAGAUGAGCUCGAAAGCCUCAAGCAGGACCUGGUCAUGGAGGUUGCUAGGCGGGCCCGUGCAGAAGACGAGCUCGAAACCUAUCAGAAACGGAUGAUAUCUCUGAAAAAUCGUCGGGGUGUGGAACGUCUGGAGGAGAAGGAGGUGAUACAUUAUUAUCGGGAUCCAAACCUGGAGAGCCGACUGCAGAUCAUGCUAAGCAGGAUCCAUGAUGAGGAACUGAAGAAUUCUGGGACUAAGGCUGAAAUUGAGCUGAUCAGUAAGAAGAUCGUCCUCCUGCAAAAUGAGCUGAAGAAUGUGACAGCCAAGCUGGUGACUAAGGUAGUGACAGAGUAUGAGAGAGAUCCCAAGCUGGAGAUAGAAGCCAUCAAACUCAGAGAGGAGCUCCAGAAGCUGAGGGAAGAGAUUCGAAUUCGAGAGAGCGAAUUUGUCAGCAUGAGGACUGAGAUAACCGUUCUGGAGCAGAAGAAGCCAGUCUUCAUAGAGAGGGUGGUGAAAAAAGAGAUUGUAAAGUUGGAGAGGAAUCCAGAGCUUGUGCAGGCUGUCAGCAUCUUUCAGACAGAGAUUGCCAAUGAACAUGAAAGAUGCCAGCAUCUCAAUGAUGAAAUCUUCCACAUAAGGGGACAAAUCAAUUUACUGGAGAGAAUGAUUCCUACAAUAGAGCCCAAAGUCAUCAUUAAGGAGGUGAAGCGUGUCGAACGGGAUUCUGAGCUAGUUAGCGAAGCUCAGAGGCUGAGCACCAGCCUGGAAGAGGAGAGGGUGAUGAACAGAAGUCUGAUGGAGGAGAUUACCAAAUACCAGUUUCGCUAUGCCCAGGUUGAGAAAGUACAGCAAAGGAUUGAAGUCAAGGAGACCACUAAAGAGAUCUUCAGAGUAGAUCCAGAGACAGAACAGCAGCUUGUGCGCCUGAAGAAAGAUCUUCAAAACCUAAGCAUACAACGCAUAAGUCUGGAGCAAGAAAUGAACCUGGUACUUAAGGAUCUGGAGUCCCUCCGUUCUCAGAAGCCAAGAGUGGAAGUGAAGGAAGUGACACGACAAGUGGUGAAGGAGGAGGCAAGUCCAGAAGUUGUUAAAGAAAUUCAAAGGUUGAACAACCAGCUGUCCAUCCUCCAAAGUACCUACAGCAGAAACUUUGAACAACUGAUGACUUAUAGUAAAGAAAGAGAUGAGUGGAAGGCUACGAACUCCAAGGUGGAGACAAAGAUUAUAAGCAGAGAGACUGUCAGAUAUGAGAAUGAUCCUCUGAUAGAGAAGGAGGCUGAGAGGCUGAGAAAGGAGGUACGUGAAGAGACCCAGCGACGUCGCACAUUUGAGGAAAUGGUGUUCAACCUGCAGAACACAUACAUAGAGCUGGAGAGGCAGAAGCCAGAAGAGAAAGUGGUGGUACGGGAGACAAUACGACUGCAAAGGGACCCCAAGCAAAUCAUUGAGCACGAGAAGCUGAGCAGGACUCUUGAUGAGGAAAUCAAGUCUCGCAGGAAGUUCGAGCUAGAAGUCCAGCAACUGAGAACCCUGGUGAAGGAGAAAGAGUUAGUCAUCACACAGAUAGAUGAAAGGCAAAAGAAGAUACAGGUGGAGAUGGAGUUAAGACAGAUCAGAUCUCGAAUCAAGGAGCUAGAGAGUAAGCCGCCGGCUGUCACAGAGAAAAUCAUCAUCGAAGAGGUUGUACAGGUGGAGCGUGACGCCACACUGGACAGAGUAAUGAAUGACCUGCGUGUGCGCAUAGACAGAGAAAGGAGCCUGAUCAGCAAUUGGGAGAAGGACAUUCAGAACCUCAGCAUUCAACUAGAGAUCCUCCAAAGGGAAAAGUCUGUGGAAAGGGUUGUCUACAAGGAAGUGAUCCGGGUUGAGAAGGAUGAAACACUGGAGAAUGAGAGAGCCCAGCUGAGAGAGCGGGUGUCCUAUGAGAGGAACACCAGGAAGAAUAUGGAGGAAGAGGUAGAGCGUCUGAGUGCAAAACUAAAAUACCUGCAAAGCUUAAGAGAGACCAAAACCAUAGAUAUGGACAGCUUUACAAAGAGUCGCAGCCUCCUUCUGAGGGAGAAGGAGACCCUAUUGCUGGAGUUUAAGGAGCUAGAUUCCAGGAGGCAGGAAACCACAAUUUCAUUCCAGCAGCAGUCUCAAUUGUUGAGUGAACAAAACCAAGUGAACAAGCAAAGGAGCAUCAUGUUGGAAUCUGAAGUGCGGAAUCUGGAAAAGGAUAUUCUGGAUGAAAAAGACAAGAUCCACAAGCGAGAGCUCUACAUAAAGGAGCUGCAGGGGAAGUCGAGAGAAGAAAAGACAGAGACCUCCGAGAGAAAGACGAAUGUCUCCACCCGCAUCACCAUCUUGGAUCCUGAAACUGGCAAAGACAUGUCACCUUCUGAAGCCUACCUGCAAGGUCUGAUUGAUAAAAAUCAUUACAUCCAUCUCCAGCAGAUGGAAUGUGACUGGGAGGAAAUUUCUACCAAUGGCCCAGAGGGUGAGAGAUUAAUGGUGCUGGAUCGCAAAAGUGGCAAGAAAUACUCUGUCGAAGAUGCCCUGAGGGAAGGCAGAUUGACUCAGUACGACUUACAUCAAUACCGGCAAGGCAAAAUGCACAUUUCAGAGUUUGCCCUCUUGGUUGCUGGUGGAACAAAGAUCAAACCUAUCAUCCUAUCAGAACCGAAAACUCCGGUAACUCCACAAAAGUCAUCAUUUUCUUUCAACAGCAAACCCACAAACAUAGUUUUUGAAGAUAAAUUGCCCAUCUCUGGUCUAUAUGACACCACCACUAAAAUGAGAAUGUCUGUACGCACUGGCAUAACCCGGAACAUCAUCGACCCUGAUUUGGGUCUCAAACUGCUGGAGGCUCAGGCAGCCACUGGGGGCAUCAUUGACGUCACUAACGGUACCCGCUACUCCGUCCACAAGGCAACAGUAAUGGGGCUUAUUGAACGGACCAUGAUGCAACAGCUGAUGAAUGCUCAGAAAGCCUUCACUGGGACAGAGGACUCCUUAUCUAACAGCCGUCUAUCAAUUGGGCAGGCCAUGCAGAAGGGUUGGGUUCCUAAAGGGAGCGCCCUACGUUUCAUGGAAGCCCAAGUCCUGACUGGGGGUCUUGUGGACCCCAACCAGGCAGGCCGAUUGCCUAUCACGGAGGCCCUGAGAUCCAGCUUGAUCGAUAAUUCAGUUGCAGAAGUGCUCAAGGAUGAUUCCACCUACCCCAAAUACCUGGAGGACCCCAUCAACAAAGAGAUGAUCAGCUACAAAGAGGCGAUGGCUCGGUGCAAGAAGGAUCCACACACAGAACUUCUGCUGUUCCCAGUGGCUUCCAAGGAAAUCAGUGGUGGAGCACCAAACUUCUCUUCAAGAUCCUCUUCAUCUUUCUCCUCUAGGUCUACUUCAUACAUCGACUUCUAGACUGGUUUGCUGUGAGAAUUCUUCACAUAACCAAGUGAGGAACUGAUAAUAUGAAAUAGUUCUAACAAAACACGAAAUAAUUAAAUAAGCAUAAAGAAAAUAUAUGUAAUCAAAAACUUUCUCAGGUUUACCAGUAUUUUAGCUAUUUUUCCUUACCACAAAACUUUAGUUAUACAGAGAUUCUGAAAUGCUAUAAAUAUGGUUGUUUCACAGAGCUGUGUACAAUUUCUGGGUUAAGAUCAACUGAAAUAUAGGGCAAUUUAUUAUGUAGGUUUGAGUAUGUAAUUUUGUUCAUAUAGCCUGCUUUUCUAAUCAAUAUCUCUGAACCUCUGUCAUUAUCAUCAGUUAUUUUAAUGCUCACAUAAUUUGAUUAAAAUGUGUGCCUACAUAUAUCAAA